AUGCUAGUCUGUGUAGCUUUACUGAUGAUUCCCCUUUCGAUAAGGGCAACAGAAACUGUUUGUAGACUUCAAGGAGAAACAAAUACUCCAAUGCUGUCAAAAGAUGGAGACAUUACAAUUGGAGCAAUCUUUUCCCUUCACAGGAAAGUUAUUGACAGGAGACUUGACUACAGAACUAAACCAGAACCCCGGGAAUGCCAAAGUUUAAAUUUCAGAGAAUUUCAGUUUGCACAAACUGUUAUGUAUGCCAUAGAAGAGAUUAAUAACAGUACUGAAAUACUUUUUAAUAUUUCAUUGGGCUACGAGAUCUACGACUCUUGUGCUUCCAUACCCUUGUCAAUCAGAGCAGCACAGGCACUUGUGAAUGGCCAUGAAAUAAUGUUCUCCUCUAAUAGCUCCUGUACAAAACCAUCCUUUGUACCUGCAAUAAUAGCAGAGUCUGGAUCUUCACCCACAAUAGCAAUUGCCAGGACAGUUGGGCCAUUUCAAAUUCCUGUGAUUAGUCACUUUGCUACUUGUGCAUGUCUCAGCAACAGGAAUGAGUUUCCUACGUUUUUCAGAACCAUACCAAGUGAUUAUUAUCAAAGCAGAGCCCUGGCACAGCUUGUGAAGCAUUUCGGAUGGACUUGGGUUGGGACCAUUAGAAGUGACAAUGAUUAUGGCAACUCAGGAAUGGCUACAUUUACUCAAGCAGCCCAGCAAGAGGGCGUCUGUAUUGAAUAUUCAGAGGCCUUUUAUAGAAAUGAUCCCAGUGAAAAGAUUCUUAGAAUUGUCAACAUAAUAAAGAAGUCUACUGCAAAAGUCAUUGUUGCUUUCUUAGCUCAAAGUGAUAUGUUUGCUUUGCUAACAGAAAUGGUAAGAGAAAAUAUUACUGGGAUACAGUGGAUAGGCAGUGAAGCAUGGGUUACAAGUACAAACCUUGUAACCAAAGAAAACUAUCGAGUUCUGGGUGGGUCAGUUGGAUUUGCAAUCCGUAAAGCUUUAAUCCCAGGUUUGGAGGAGUUUCUGCAAAAAGUUCAUCCAUCUCAAGUCCCUGGUAACUCAAUUUUAAAGGAGUUUUGGGAAACAGCAUUCUCUUGCAGUAUGCCAGAUAAUACAACUCAUAUCAAAUCUGAAUAUAGUAAUUCAUGCACUGGUUCAGAGUCUUUACGUGAGCUAAAUAACAUGUUUACUGAUGUAUCUCAGUUAGGAAUCUCAAAUAAUGUGUAUAAAGCUGUGUAUGCCAUAGCUUAUUCCCUCAACAAUAUGUUUACAUGCGAAAAUGGACAAGGUACCAUUGGCAAUAAAACCUGUGCUAACAACAUACGUUUUGAACCCUGGCAGCUUCUUCAUUAUAUGAAAAAUGUGAAUUUCAAAACCAAACAUGGAGAAGAAGUCUAUUUUGAUCAAAAUGGAGAUCCAUCAGCAACCUAUGAAUUAGUGAACUGGCAGCUUAAUAACAAAGGAAUUACUGAAUUUGUUACAAUAGGUUACUAUGAUGCAUCUGCACCAUAUGGACAACAAUUUACUAUCAAGAACAUUGGGAUUAUUUGGGCUGGUGACAAGACGGAGAUGCCUAAAUCAGUGUGCAGUGAGAGCUGUCCUCCAGGCACUCGGAAGGCUGUUCAGAAAGGAAAGCCUGUUUGUUGCUUUGAUUGCAUACCAUGUGCUGAAGGAGAAAUCAGCAAUCAGACAGAUUCCAUUGAUUGUUUUAAGUGUCCUAUGGAAUACUGGUCAAAUGUGAAAAGAGAUCAAUGCAUCUUAAAGGACAUUGAAUUCCUGUCAUUUGGAGAAAUUAUGGGGAUGCUGCUUGUGAUAUUUUCACUGACUGGAUCUUGCAUAACCAUAGCUGUAGCGAUUGUUUUCUUUUAUUACAUUGACACCCCUAUUGUUAAAGCCAACAAUUCUGAACUAAGUUUCCUUCUUUUGUUUUCCUUAGCACUGUGUUUCCUUUGUUCACUUACUUUUAUUGGUCAGCCCUCUUCAUGGUCCUGUAUGCUGUCUCACAUGACAUUUGGGGUCACAUUUGUCCUGUGCAUCUCUUGUGUUCUGGGAAAAACAAUCGUCGUGUUAAUGGCGUUUAGGGCUACAUUACCGGGUAAGAAUGUUAUGAAAUGGUUUGGUCCCACCCAGCAGCGCUUAAGUGUUUUUACAACCACAUUCAUUCAGUGUUUAAUAUGUACACUUUGGCUACUGAUAUCACCUCCCUUUCCAAAUAGAAAUAUGAGACACUACAAGGAUAAAAUUAUAUUAGAAUGCGACCUGGGAUCUGCUACAGCAUUUUAUGCUGUGUUAGGGUAUAUUGGAUUUCUCUCUGCUAUGUGCUUUGUGCUCGCUUUUCUGGCUCGUAACCUACCAGAUAACUUUAACGAAGCUAAAUACAUUACAUUUAGCAUGCUCAUAUUCUGUGCAGUUUGGAUCACCUUUAUACCAGCUUAUGUCAGCUCACCUGGGAAGUACACAGUUGCUGUAGAAAUAUUUGCAAUGUUAGCUUCAAGUUUUGGUUUGCUUUUCUGUAUUUUUGCACCCAAAUGUUACAUAAUAUUACUUAAACCUGAGAAAAAUACAAAAAAGCACUUGAUGGGCCGAACAUCCACAAAAUUAAUUUGA